GACAUACAGGCGGUUAACCCGACAAUCAUCUCCUCGGCUUUCCAUGUUUACUUCGUACUCCUGCGCGAUCAAGUUAGCCAUCGUGGGAAAAAAUGACCUUGCGUGGACUUCGCUCCCGGCGGGCAUAUGAAAAGGCACGGAUGAAUAUUUGAUCCGAUGGGAAUGGGACGGUAUGGACGAAAUGCAACGAGCGCGACGUCCUCCGCAUUCGUUACGACGAGCGGGAGACAAGCCUCUCAUAAUUACAGUUUUCGCGCACGGCAUUCGAAGCGGGACCGUACCGUGCGUCGUCGUAAAUAGAAGAGAAAAAAGCAGCUACAAUAUAUACGCGGCCGAGCGCGAGGAAUUAUUAACGACCGUAAUUAACGGCAGACCGUAGAAUUACACGCACAAUGUGGUAGUUAGUGGAGGUUGACGCAGGCGAACCCUCACGUAUAAUGAUUCCGCAGUUUGCAAUUUAGUUAUCUCCGCGAUAUACGCGAUAUAGUCUCGUUAGGGCAAGUCGUGCUCGUCGUAGCCCAGCGUGGCGCGUUAUAUCGAUCUCAUCGGUACGGUAUAGCCGCGUAAAGAUGUGAGAGACGGUGUAUUCUUGAAAAGGAGAAGAGAAAAUAAAGGGAGAAGAGAAGAUCGCGCGGUAAGAGUGAGCGGUAUCGAGAGAGCCGCACUCUCGUCACGGCUAAAUCAGGUCGCCAUCGCCGCUCACGAUAAAGCCACGCAAAAUGCGAAUCUUGAAGAACAAAUAAGACCGAAAUCGCUAACAGUUGCACCAUAACGAGCACGAUCAGCGGCGGCUUAGAUACUCUCGAGAUACUCGACAGAGGUGUCUUUCUCUCUCUCUCUCUCUCUCUCUCUCGGAGGUAUCGCCUCGCUAUAGGAUAUUUCCGCGCCGUGGAGGCGCGAUGCUCCAAGGAGACAAGUCCCUCUUGGUCGCAAAGCUAUGCAAAUACUUUCGUUGAAUUUUUUAAUAUACAGCGUGGGAGGUGUGUGGCGGCCGAUCGAGUGGUCGUCGAGCGCCACCAAAUUUCUCUACAACGCGUUCACGCUCGUCACGCUUGUGCCGCUGUACUUCCUCGUGCUGACGCAGUUUAUGGAUAUCGUUCUUGUCGUGGAUAACAUGGACGACUUCGCGACGAAUUCCCUCAUGUUCAUGACUAUCGUCGGUGUCUGCUGCAAAGCCACCGUGGCGGUGCUGCGUCGGGGCGCGAUCAUCGAUUUGGUCGGGAUGCUGCUGACGGAGCCGUGCAAGCCCCGGGACGAGGCCGAGGCGGCGAUACAGGCGAGAUUCGACGAGUUCAUCAGGUCGUGCUCCAUAAAAUACACGCUUUUGGCGACCGGCUCCAUCACGAGCUUCACGAUUAGAUCGAUGCUGAACGUUGCGCAGGGUCACUUACCUUACAGAGUGUGGCUGCCGUACGACUUGAACAGUAGCCCGUUGUUCUGGAUCACGUCGAUCCACCAGAUGAUCACCUUGACCUUUGCCACCAUCAUCAACGUCGGCACGGAGACUCUCAUCUUCGGCCUUUUCUUGCAGACGUGCGUCCAGCUCGAGAUCUUCGAGUAUCGAAUGCACAAGCUGCUGAUGAGUAGAACGUCGCGUUCAUGUCGGGGGUUCAUUCCCCGCGGCGUGUCGGAUCAAGUGGGAACGAUUUUAUCGGGACACAUUCGUCAUCAUCUCAACAUUUACAAGUACGCUAAAACGUUAAAUAGCAUAUUCAAUCAGGUACUCUUCUUCCAAUUUUUUGGAAGCAUUUUAGUAUUGUGUACAAGCGUGUAUUACAUGUCGACGCAUAUCACGGGCUCCGAGGCUGCGACUUUACCAGCGUAUACUGUCUGCAUGUUCGUGCAGAUUUUCGUUUACUGCUGGUCCGGAAACGAAGUCAUACUCAAGAGUGCGAACAUAGGCAGUGCAAUAUACCACAUGGAUUGGCCUUCGCUAUCGAUCGGCGAGAAGAAAGAUCUCCUGAUGAUAAUGAAACGUAGUACAAUCCCUAUAAAAUUCACUAGUAGUUUCCUCAUAACUUUCUCUCUCGAUUCUUACAGCAACAUCCUGAAAACGUCGUACUCGGCAUUUAACGUAUUACAACAGUCUUGAGAUAUAAGAAAUCGUAAACGUAUAUUUGAACAUAUAAUGUCGUAGUUUUUUAAUAAAUUUAGCGAUUCUACAAGUCUCUCUCAAUUUUCUACUCAAAACUCUUUUCUUUUUUCUUAAAUUAAUCUCGCUGUUGCUCUCUAACAUUAUCUUAUCAAACUGGUCCGCAUCCUG